UCUCAUCUGUCACUGGUCCACCAUGUUGUUAUGAUAAAAAUAAACAUUUUAAAAGACUUUUCUAAAAAAUUAAAAAAAAACACUUAAUUUGGACUCUUUGGACCAGACUUUUAGUAAUCAGGUUUCCAAAAGGUACCCGCAAUGGGUGUACCGGCGUUCUUUCGAUGGCUGAGCCGCAAAUACCCCUCUGUAAUAGUGCAUUGUGUGGAACAAAAGGCAGUGGAUAUUAAUGGAACCAGAAUACCGACCGACUCGUCAGAACCGAACCCCAACGGGAUAGAGUUUGAUAAUUUAUAUUUAGAUAUGAACGGAAUCAUUCACCCUUGUACCCAUCCGGAGGACCGUCCUGCCCCCAAAAACGAGGACGAAAUGAUGAUCGCGAUCUUCGACUGCAUCGACCGACUAUUCAACAUAGUCAGACCGAGAAAGCUGCUUUAUAUGGCCAUCGAUGGGGUGGCACCCAGGGCCAAAAUGAACCAACAACGGUCCAGACGUUUUAGGGCCUCCAAGGAAACCUACGAGAAAAUCAACGAAAUUAAACGGAUCAGAGCCGAUUUGUUGCUUAAAGGAUGCGUUUUGCCACCAGAGAAGCCCAAAGAGGAACAUUUUGAUUCGAAUUGCAUUACCCCCGGGACCCCAUUUAUGGCUCGCCUUUCUGAGUGCCUUGACUACUAUAUUCAUGACAGAUUGAAUAACGAUCCAGGCUGGAAGGGUAUUAAGGUUAUUUUGUCAGAUGCAAAUGUGCCUGGAGAGGGUGAGCAUAAAAUUAUGGAUUAUAUUAGGAAACAAAGAGCUCAGCCUGAUCACGAUCCCAAUACUCAGCAUGUACUUUGCGGGGCCGAUGCUGAUUUAAUUAUGUUGGGACUGGCGACGCACGAACCUAAUUUCACCAUUAUUCGGGAGGAGUUUAAGCCUAAUAAGCCGAGACCCUGUGAGAUUUGUGGACAGUUAGGUCAUGAAAUGAAGGAUUGCGUUGGCGGAGUGAGAAGUGAACACGGCCAAGACCCCGAGGUACCGAUAACCGGUGAAACCGACUUCAUUUUCGUACGCCUAAACGUCCUCAGGGAAUAUUUGGAAAAAGAACUCGCGAUGCCCAAUUUACCCUUCAAAUACGAGUUCGAUCGAGUGCUAGACGAUUGGGUUUUCAUGUGUUUCUUUGUGGGAAACGAUUUUCUACCUCACCUGCCCAGCUUGGAGAUCCGAGAGAACGCUAUCGACCGUCUAAUCAGACUUUAUAAGGACUGCGUGUACAAAACGGGGGGAUAUUUGACUGAUAGCGGUGACGUGAACCUGGAACGGGUCCAAAUGAUCAUGGUGGAACUGGGCAAGGCGGAAGACGAGAUUUUCAAAAACAGACAACAGAGGGAGUUGCAAUUCAAGGCGAGGGAAAAGGCGAAGAAAAGGAGGUCCGAUGGUUUCAAUGAGUACAGACCGAACUUGGCGUUACUUAAUAAUACACAGUUUGCCCCCAAGGCUUUGGGGCAGCACAGUGCGGUACAGAACGCCCGCCAGGAGGCUUUUAAUAUAAGAAAAGCGGGGAUGCACAGUCAGGCCGGGGCCAGGACCGCUCUGGAGUCCAUGUUUAGGAAAGAAGGGGAUAGUGGGAACGAUAACCGACGUGGAGAAAAAAGGAAACAUGAAGAAGAAGAAGAGACGGCGACGGUGGAAGAUGAAGAGAGUGAUGACGACCAGGCCCAUGAUGAGGUGCGCUUAUGGGAGGACGGUUUUAAAGAUCGAUACUACGAGUCCAAGUUCGACGUGGGACCGGAUCAUUUAGAAUUCAGAUACUCAGUGGCCCUCCACUACGUCAGAGGCCUCUGUUGGGUCCUGAAGUACUACUACCAAGGUUGCGCCUCCUGGAAAUGGUACUAUCCGUACCAUUACGCCCCGUUUGCCUCGGAUUUUUGCAAUAUCGCCGGCCUUAGUACCGAAUUCGAGCAAGACACGAAACCGUUUAACCCGUUGGAGCAGUUGAUGGGUGUUUUUCCGGCGGCGAGCAGUAAACACGUGCCGGAACCGUGGGCCCCAUUGAUGUCCGACCCUGACUCGCCCAUAAUAGAUUUCUACCCGGAGGACUUUAAAAUCGACCUGAACGGCAAGAAAUUCGCGUGGCAAGGGGUGGCCCUGUUGCCCUUCGUGGAGGAAAAGCGACUAUUCAAAGCCCUAGAGCCGUAUUAUGGGAAACUGUCGGAGGCUGAACGGAAACGGAACGUCAGAGGCGACGACCGGCUUUACGUGUCCACCCGUAACGAAGGCUACGACUUGCUCAGUAAUUUGUACACGCAAAGUGUGGAAAAGGAGUCGGAAUGCGCGGUGGUUAUACAGGGAAUGAAAGGGACCGUGCUCGUGUCGGAGGAAUGUCUUUCCAGAGAAUGCGACACGUUGCGUUCUCCGGUAAAAGGUUUACCGGCGAUCGUGGGUAAUAUAGUGGUCUGCGUGAGAUUCCGCGACCCGAAGUACACCAAGGGUUUCAAAUUUCCCGCCAAAAGGCUGAAGGGGGCGAAAGAGCCGCCUCGGGUGUUAAAACCGCAAGACUUGGACCCGCAAGCGAACCGUCAUUGGAGGUCGCAGGUCGGAAUGGUACCGGCCACUCAACGGGCGAAUUUGGGUGGAGCGGGUCAUAGGAUGUUGGGUCAUUACGUGAGGCAUGAUCAAAAGAGGGACUACGCGAGCAUACCACCUCCGAGCAGUUUGGAUCAUAGAAAUAGGAAUUAUGGAGGCGGUGGCACAGGUUACAACCGGUCAUCUUACCCGCACCAACAAGACAACUAUCACCACCGCGAGGGCGGUAGAGGCCGGGGCGGGUACUAUAACAACCAAAGGGGCGGCUACGGGGGCGGCAACUACGGCAACCAGUACCAACAACAGCACUACAACAACCGCAACCACAACAACGGGAGGGACGAGGAGAGACGACCUGGACCCUAUAGGGACAGAUACGUGUCCGAUAAUAAUACUAAUAGAUACAGUUAUAGGAGAUAAACAAGGAUAAUGACGUUUUUUUUUUACAGAAUUGCACUUACAACAAUUUUAGGUUUAAACAAAAAUUAUUUACUGUGAGUGUACAAGGUUUAAGGAAAAUAUAUUAACUGUGAAGAAU